CUUUGAAGUCUCGUUUGAUCAUUUUUUGACUCGGACAGAACGAGAAGGUCCGGGCGGGCCUGUGUGAACGUGAAGUUCUUCGCCGCGCCCUCCAUAUCGGCCUGCUCAUCUCGAUGCCGUACACGCUGGUCGUAUAAGAUCCUUUCGUAGACUGACCGCAUCUUGAUCUCUGUCCGCCAUGGCCUCCGUCUUCGACAAGCUCUCAGAUGCCCUUAACACCCGCGACCCUGCCCUGCCUACCCUCGAUCGCCUGGGUGCAUCUCUUCAACCCGAUCUCGAUUCCCAGAAAGUCGUUACAGAAUGGUUUGCGAAGUUCGCCGAGGCAGUCUCCGCGAAAGACACGACCAAGAUCGCCGAUCUCUUCCUCGAGGACGGCUGGUGGCGCGACCACCUCGCGCUCACCUGGGAGUUCCGCACCUUCCAUGGCGUUGCGAAGAUCAAGAAGUUCCUCGACGACCAGCUCGCACCUUUCGAGUUCUCGAUCGUCAAGCUGCGCGACGGCGCGGAGCUGAAGCAGCCGUACCCUGAUCUUGCAUGGGUCCAGGCGCUCUUCGACUUCGAGACGAACGUCGGGGUCGGGACCGGCGUGGUGAGGCUGGUGCCGACGGCCAGUGGAGAGUGGAAGGUGUUCACUCUAUACACAACCCUCGAUGACCUGAAAGCUUUCCCCGAGAAGAUUGGGUCCCGGCGUCAGUUCCUGCCUAACCAUGGCAAGUGGCUGAGCCAGCGCGCGGAGGAGAGCUCUUUCUCGAAGGGCGAUCCGUCUGUGAUCGUGGUUGGCGGGGGGCAAAGUGGCCUGGACAUUGCAGCGCGUUUGAAAAUGUUGGACGUACCGACGCUGGUGAUUGAGAAGCAGAAGCGCAUUGGCGAUCAGUGGAGGGACCGGUACCAGGCCCUCUGCCUGCAUGACCCUACUCCGUAUAUCAGCUUCCCGUCCACAUGGCCGGUCUACACGCCCGCGCAAAAGCUAGCCAACUGGCUCGAGUACUAUGCGGAGGCCCUGGAACUAAACGUCUGGACGAGCUCGACGGCUGAAAGCGUCAGGCUCCUGGACAACGGCAAAUAUGAGGUUGUCGUUGAAAAGGCGGAUGGCACGACGCGCACCUUCGUCGUCGAUCACGUCAUUAUGGCCCUCGGCCUCGGCGGCGGGGUUCCCAAAUUCCCUUCAAUCCCGGGAGAGGAUGAGUUCCAAGGACAGACUCUGCACUCGACACGGCACAAGUCGGCGAAAGAUCACCUUGGCAAGAAGGUUGUGAUCGUCGGUGCUUGCACAUCAGACACCUUCUGGGAGGGUGUCGGGCCGACGGACGUCAGCGACCGCGUGCACACGUCCAUGCCCUCUUUCCUCGUCAAGGAGCUUGGCAAGCGACAAACCAAAGACAUUGCAGAAGCAGACAAGGACCUCCUAGAAAGUCUGCAGAAGGUCGGCUUCAGACUGGGCUGGGGCCCCGAGGACGCUGGAUUCUUCUACAGUUCCAUGACGCGCGGCGGAGGAUACUACUUGGAUGUCGGCACUAGCCAGCUGAUCAUUGACGGCAAGAUUAAGAUCAAGAACGACAGCUUGAUCGACCGCUUCACCAAGACUGGCUCAGUGGAAGCUGACGUCGUCAUGUACGCCACGGGCUUCGAGGGUGCGACGAUUUCCAUCAAGCGUUUGGUCGGCGACGAGCUUGCCAGUCGGGGUGAGCAGAACGGCGCCUGGCGGUGGCUCGGCGUCCCCAACCUGUGGUUCAUGAUGGGUGCGAACCUCGCCAUGUGUCGUUACCAUUCCAAGCAUCUCGCUCUUCAAAUCAAGGCGAUCCAGGAAGGCGUGUAUGGGAAGCGUUAUGCACCAUGACACGCAGUUCUCCAGCCGGUGCGGGGCAAGUGGAAGUCUUAGAGAAAAUGUACCUUACUAUCUCAUAGCGUACGGAAUGUCAUUGCAACACACCGUUUCCAUCGGACGAUCCUGCCACCUGUGGCCUCUGAUGAAGCAUAGGUGAGUGCUUGCGACCUAAUGUAGACACGCUUAUCGGUAGAGGAUUGCUCUGAGGACCUGACGCUUCAGCUUAGAGCUUCC